AUGCCGGUGGUGGUCAUGUGCGACGGCGCGCCAGCCUCUUUGAAGGCGAUCGGGUGGGCCGCCGUUCCGGGGAAUCUGACGCGGCAGCACGAGGGCGAGCAGCUCAUCCUCGUGCACGCGUGGAGCAGGGAUGCCGUGCAGCGGCCUUCACAGUUUAGGGAGCCGCCCGAAAGGCCACCCUCACUCGACGACGCGCCCUCGCUGAACCGGCUCCCGCUCUCCCAGGUUGUGAAGGGCACGCUUGAGGCAAUCACCGAGAACAAGCUGACUCGGGACACCCUCAACUACAAGUUAGAAACAAUGCUUUUGGGUGAUCCCGUUCUGCAUGUGGCGUUCCCACCCGCUGCACUGCCUACGCAGGCUUCUGCCAAGGCGUCUUUGGCAAAGAAGGAGCUCGCGGCGCAGCAACAGCAGCAGACAGUAACGCAAACAGACGCAGAGAUUGAGGCUGCUGCACGAGAGGCAGAACAGGAAGCAGCACAAAGCCGCGCCACAAACAUUGCUUUGUACGCCAAAGAGAGGGCGUUGCACCAUCACGCAAAAGCCAUACUACUGGGGGCAGGAAAUUCCAUGGAUGGGAAGAGCAUUCUCCUUGGACUUGUUGCCAAGACGGUUCUUCGUGAGCUGCGUCAACAAAGCGUCCUGUGGUUUAUAAAGAACAAUGGCUGCACAAUGCGGCCCACUACUGCCAUGGUGCGCUAUGUCGUUGUACUAGUUCCCGCAUCCAAUGAUGAGGAAUCGCUUGAGCGAGAUUGUCGUGUGGUGCAAUAUGCCUUGGGGCGCCGUAGAGAAAAGAGCAUGGACACUGUGAGUGCCGUCAUUGUCGUUGAGAGCGCCACUUCACCAGAGCAGGUAGAGCGGUACUCGCAGGCGAUGCGUGCCCUGCUCCAAAGAAGCGCACCGGCGACGGAUUCUAAGGAGGUGGAAGAUGUGCAUGGUGAGGACCCUCCUCCCCCUCCCGCCUCCCCCGCGACGGACGGUCCCCUCUCAGUGGAUAAAAAUGAGGUACCGUCUGGCGAGGAGGGGACGCCUCGGGAGGCUGCGCUGGAUCCCGGAGAGUCCUUGCCAGCCGCUGAAGAGGUGAACGGUGCCGCGGAGGAGCAGCAAUGGCCAGAGGUUUCCUUGUGUGAAUUGCGCACCACCAAGCAGGUAAGCGUGCCGAUGGCGGGGAACGUGGCGGGUCAGGUUGUAAAAUUUCUUCAGCGGCACAAGACAGACGUCGUGGUGUCUCCCUCAACCCUUCCGGAGGAGCUCCACAUGGCGCUGCUUUCCGUGUCGAAACCCCAUGUUCUCAUCGUGCCUGCGGCUGAUAAUGCUGCAGCUGGUGCAGCUGCCGCUACGGAGCCGCCUGAGGAUGAAACGAAAUGUAGAGAAUGA